AUGUCAACAUGGUUGGCACUAAAUCUAACGGAUGUCGAAGCUACUCCGGGCUAUGUCAUUGAUCAAAUACAUACUGCAUCGGAAGCCUGCUACACUUAUAAACCUAAUGUGGUCCUCAUAAAUGCCGGCACCAAUGAUUGCGUGGGAAAUAUUGACAUAGAUAACGCCCAUAAGCGUUUAGAGUCCCUGAUUGACGAUUUGUGGACCAAUAUUGGAGAUACAACGGUUGUCAUCGUAUCAACAAUCUUGAUCAAUGGCGUCGCAUCAGUCAAUACCAACAGUGCUAUUGUCAACACUAAUUAUAGAUCCCUCGUCUCAUCUCUGCAAGCCGAAGGCAAGCCAAUUUACUUGACAGAGUUUGACAACUGGAUAACGAUGGACAAUAUUGGCAGCGACGGCACUCAUCCAACAGAGGAAGGAUACAAACGGAUGGCUGGCGGCUUUUAUGCGUCUAUUGCCCAAGCCGAUGCAGACGGCGCGAUCAAGGCACCUCAAGACGCAGAUCUCAGUACAGCAUCGAGUGACUGUAAAAAGACUGCCGGUACGGGUGUGAGUGCAGGUGCCGAGACGCAAACGGGCAGUGGCUAUAGUGAUGGCAUAUAUUACCACGACAGUACGGACAUGGGUACUCUCCUAACCAUCACCAGCGACUGGGACAGAAAUCAGUGGAGCUUCGCUCGUCUCUUUAGACAAGACCGCGACGAUUUACUGGGUUGGAUCAGCGAGUCAGACGGGUCUAUCACUUAUGCUGUCUGGAGAAAUGACGGCGAUGGAGUCAUGACCAAGAUUGACGACAUGACAAACUUCCCAAACCAGUGUAUUCCUCGCGGCUUACGUUUUAUCGAUCUUAAUGGAGAUGGUCUGGAUGAUUUCGUCUGUAUUAGCAACCCUGACGGCGCGCUUUAUGGUGUCAUCAAUAACGGCGACGGAGGCGGCAGCAGUGGCCCGACUUGGACAUCUAUUGGCUUAAUCAAGGCUGCUGAUUCAAAUUUCCCUCAGGCGCAGGUGCGGCUAGGUGAUAUCGAUGGUGACGGUCGUGCUGACUUUAUUGGCCUCGAUGCCGACGGCACCGCACAUGUGUGGAGAAACGCUGGUACUGGUGACAAACCUGACAGCUGGCAAUCUCUGGGUACAAGGUGGACAGGCGGUAACCGCGGCGACCUCGCCGGUGUUCACUUCAAAGAUAUCAACGGUGAUGGGCGUGACGACUGGAUGUGGACGUCUGAUACCGGAACCACCUACACUUACACCAACUCGCGCAGUUGUUUGAAAGGCGUUGAGGGCAAUGGUCUUAAUGUUGCUUGGCGCCAAGGAUUCUACACCGGCCAGUCGAGUGGUGCAACUCAUUUGGCAUCUUUUGAUGGCGAUGUAACUCGCGAUCGUAUUCACUUUGCCCGUAUCUAUGGAGAACCCGCAGCCUUUUCACUCCUAGGCCGCCAGGACUACGUCUAUAUGGAGCACGAAGAAGAUGGCGAUAAACACAUCUUCAAAAUAAGAGUGUGGAAGAACCAAGGCAGCGGGUCGGCAAAACUCAAAGCUGACGGUGACAAAUACGGUAACAUGAUGGGAACUGGACGUAUGGACUACGUCUGGUCUUAUUCGUUUGGAAAGAUGAUCAUCUUUAGGAACGGUGGUGUCGACUACAUUUCCACGGGCACAAGCUACUGGACCCAGCCACAACAGGACCUUUUCGACCCGCAAGCACUUAUUGGUAAGGAUCUUGAUCGUCGAGAUCUACACCUGACAGAUUUUGACGGCGACGGCAAAGACGAUAUCGUUUGGGUCGAUCCUGAUAAUAAUAACCAUGUGUCUGUCUUCAUUAACAAAUAUGAUGGGACUACCUGGAGUUGGGAAUACCAGUCUGAUCCUGCGCCGUCAUUAUCAUGCUCCCAGACUAAGGGUCUCGGAAUCCACGACAUACCAAUUCGCUGGGGUGAUAUCAGCGGUAAUGGAAGGGACGACUAUGUUUGCAUUGAACCCAAUGGCCGUAUGUCGGGCUAUGUUCACGAGAUUGACGGAUCCUGGACUUAUAACGAGCAGUUUUUCGGUCCAAAGGGCUACGACCGAGCUAACUUCCGCUUCGGUGAUGUUAAUGGUGACGGCAAGGACGACGUCAUUUGGACCGAGAAGUUCUCCGGAGACGGCUAUGUCUACUACAAUGAUGGUCCCAUGCAAAUCGCUGGAUCAAGCUACCACUGGGAUGUGGAUAGUAACAAUAUGCCAGUACUUGCCUACGCUGGAAAUACCGCUGGAACUUGCACCUAUUACCCAGACUUCAACGGCGAUGGUCGUGUUGACCAACACGUAAUUCUUCAGUCGUUCAAUAACAUCGCUUGGACCUCGUACAAUUUGUGUACUGGUGACCACACUGGAGACGACGAAAACCCUUAUACCGACCCCGGUCUGGCCAUUCCCUCCACUAGCAGCGGCAGCGGAAGUGGAGAUGGCGAUGGCGAUGGCGAUGGCACUGGCACCGGCGUUGUAACCCACGAGGAAGGCAGCAGCUGGUGCCAGGCCCACGCAGACGAUGCUGCGAGCGGCGGGGAUGCAUACGACACUAUUGUUUGGAACUUUGAGUUGGUAGCUUGCAGCAUGACUGCCACACAGACUGUCACAAGUCUUCCAUUCCAAACCGUUGACUGUUUGAAUCCGGUGAUCACAGAUGCGGAUCAAGACCAGUCUGAACGCUGGGAUGCAGUUGACACAGAUACUGCCAUUGAGAUUGUCCUUCUGGACUAUUUCUACGAGCAGGACAUUACCAGUCUCACUUUCCCAGAGUACGUGAGUAACUUCUUCAACGGGCCCGAAGGUAUGAAUUGUGGAAAGACGGCUUCAGAUACGGGCUGCGAGACCAUGUCUGAGUGCUCUGAUGUCAAUCAUCCUGCCGGGUACUUCAUCCUGAACUCGUUUGUCUCAAUACACGGGUUCCUUUACGAUAUGUACAGUGCUUGUUAUAACGCUGAGUCUAAUAUGGAGUCGAGCAUUGGCGUGUUCUCGGAUACUUUUGCUGAGAUAGAAGAUGUGGAUGCCGAGGUUGACGAGAUCUUGACCGUUCGAGAUACUAACGUUGUUUUUGCAGACUGGAAGGAAGCGGUGGGCAAGAAAAACGAGAAUUGGCUAGCAGUUGGCAAGGACUCGUCGAAUGCGAUUGUGAACAACGGUAUCACUUUACUGAAGUCGUCUUCAAUCUGGGCUGUCUCGGAUAACAACCAGGCCCUACUUUCUUAUUACAUGGGACAGAUGGUAAAGACCGCGGCGACAGCUAUCUCAGACACCAAUACGGAUCUCUUUAACGGCAGCGCUACCAGCGUCGCCGACCUGUACCGCGUCAUAGAUGAAGGCAAACUGAUGGAGACCACGAUCACUGCAGGAGAUCUUGACGCGCAGGCUUCCUUAGAGAACUCUCUCUACUCGGUUCUCAUCCCUUACGCCUGGUCAUUGAGCAACAAAAACUCGCACCCUGUCGUCAUUGAUACAGGUUACGACUGUUCCGAUGUAUGGCCUAGCUAUUUCCACGACUACAUCUCAGAGGAUACGGCUAAAUCCCUAUCUGUAUGCUACAACGACGCGUUGUAUUAUUUACUUGACGCUCGUGCCUGUAACACCGACUGCAGCGGGGUGGAUCCUCAAGGUUCUGUUGCUUGCGCUCCAACCAAAUUCUUUGAACCUCUUGGUAGUUCCGACUUGGAUGGUAGCAAGUGGGGCGGACUUACAAUUGCUAACCUGACCAUCUCAGCUAUCAAUGCCUACACCAGCAAUGGCAAUGCGAAUGGUUGGAGUUAUGCCGAUCCUGCAAAUCCCUCUGAUAUGGACAAACUUUGGGACGAUGGCAUCAAUGCCGCCGGUGUCAAUCUGAUUCCUGUGUGCAGUUUAGCCACUGCUUUCAAUAAUUGGGUUACGUGUGAUAUCUCGGCUGAUAACUACCCCUGCAACUGA